CUUGAACAGGCGCAUCUCUGUCUCCCAAACCAGCACCAUGCCCACCUUGCAGGAGAAAAACAAGGCCGUUGUCCAGAAAUACUUCGAGGAAUACUGGGGCAAGGGCAAUGUCAACAUCGUGGACGAGGUUUGCGCAGACAGCUUUGUUAUCGACUAUCCCAUGCAUGGCCCCCGCCGAGGCAAAGAAGCAGCCAAGAAAAUGCUCCUAGAGUUCCGUGAGGCAUUUCCGAAUAUUUCUUUUCAUGCCUACAAGUUCCCCUUGAUUGCCGAGGGAGACUAUGUGGUUGGCCGCUGGAUUGGUGGAGGAAAGCAUACUGGCGUUGCUUUCGAUGACCUAGCGGUGGGCAAACUCGACAAGCCGAACACCGGCAAGGAGGUCUACUUCUCGGGCACUACCAUUUUCACUCUCAAGGACGGCAAGAUUGUUGACGAGAUUGGCGAGGAGCAAGCCCUGACUGCUCUGCAGCAGUUGGGAUUAGUUGCGGCUCCUAACUCAGGAAAGGAGGUCAAGUAUGACGCGGACGGCAAUCACAUCUGAAGGUAUUGAAGAU